AUGAAUAAGAGCAAGUUCAUCGUCAUCGAUGGUCCUAUUGUUCAAAUGGGGAGUCAGGUGACAUUUGAUCUUUUAGGUGUCCUUUACAACCAGAUACUAUUAUUCUUGUUUCAUGUGUUUGUUUAUGAACUUUUAACAGGGCAAAAGACGCAAUGUUACUCAAACCUAGUAUGUAACAACAACACAUCGACAUGCGUUGAGCUUUGCAGAGCUAAAAAUUACGCAUUAGGAGGGGUUUGUUUUCCUCGUGUCAACCGCUGCUGUUGCUAUAUUACUCUCGAAUCUCAAGAGUCUUCGAUAUCUAAGGAUACCAAUAAUUGACUCAUUAUCAAUUAAUUCAUCAUUUUAUUUUAUAUGUACUCUCUAUUAUCACAACAGAAAUAAACAGCUUUUUAUA